GGGAGUGAAGUACAAGCAGGCACGACUGCCGGAGCGCCCGGUGCGCGGUGCGAAGAGAGAGAGAGAGAAAAGUGUGUGAGGAAAGAGGGAAGGCGAAGAAGGAGAAGAAGAAGAAGAGCGAGGGGACCGCACUGCCCUCUGAACUAAUGGACCAUAAGGAUAUUUAGCCAUUUGUCCGGGGAGCGCACAGACACCGCAGUCCAUGCCUCUGCCUUGCCAGGUCAUUGAUGGGAAAUCAACUGGAUCGGAUCACCCACCUGAACUACAGCGAGCUGCCCACGGGGGAUCCGUCCGGGCUGGAGAAGGACGAGCUUCGAGUCGGCGUCGCCUACUUCUUCUCUGACGAAGAGGAGGAGGUGGACGACCGGACUCCGUCCGACUGCGGCUUCACCAAGGAACUAAACCCGGCCGAGGAGGGACCAUUCUCGGUCAGCGAGGUGGAGUACUCAGCCUUCUGCUGCCAGGAAUGCAUCUUCUCCAAGCUGCGGGAGAACGAGGACUUGAAUGUGUACUCGGCCAAAACUUUGCUGACUAUGUGCAAACCGGGGGACCUGCUGGAGCUGGUGGCCACAGCGCAGGCCCCCCACUGGGCCAUCUACGAGCAGGACGACCGGGUCAUUCAUCUGCACAAGGGCGAGAUCCGCAAGGACAGCCUGCUUGAGAUCAGCAACGGCCGCCACGGGAGGAUAGUCAACAAUCGGUACCGUUACCGACCGCUUCACCCUGACCUGGUGAUGCAGAACGCAGUGGGGCACUUGGGCCUGAGCAGCGAGGAGAUAUGCUGGACCAACGCGGAAAGUUUCGCAGCUUGGUGCCGCUUUGGGAAGCGGGAGUUCAAAGCUGGGGGGGAGGCACACUCGGCGCAGCAGCAGUAUUUCCUCAAAGUGCACCUGUCCGGCAGCGGGGUGCACACUCUGGUCUUUCGCAGCUUGGAGGACAUGAUCCGAGAGAGGAGGCGCGUGGACGCCAGUGGGAUUCUCAAAGAGCUGUCUUUGGUUAACGGGGGCAAGGAGUGAUCGGGGAUUCCGUUUGAUAUCCCCCCCCCGACCCACCCACCCCUCCACCCGCCCGCACCGUUUUGCGCACACGCAAACGUUACUGGCACACACGCACGCAAGCACACAGACGCGCACACACAUGCAAGGGACCUGUUGGUGUUUUUGGACUGUCUGCUCGCCACGGAUGCGCCCCCCGCGCCGCGUCUGGACCGAAGGCGCUCAGUGGAAUUUCCAUCAAAUUGCAGAGUGUUGAAAACUGAGAGACAUCGGCCAUGUAAACAGACAACGCCCCUUCAGAUAAGAAUCCGUGCCGAGUGGGACACGCGAUUUCUGCUAAUAUAAUUACCCCGAACAGUAAAAGUCACCUUUACAGACCGCGCACGGCUCGGUUUGUUUUUCUGUUUAAUUUGUCGGGAUGAUGGAAUUGGCCCCCUCUCGGCGCAGGGCGCGUGCUGCGGCAGACCAGACGGUGAGAGAUGGAGGUGGGUGGGUGGGUGGGGAGGGAGGAGGGGGGUGAAAGAUAGGAUCUGGGAUGGCUCUCUGAAAGUCUCCCUUCUAUUUUUUUACUGUUAGCUUUAAGACCGGGACUGAGCGUAACACGGAUCCACUCAAUCAUAGACCUCUGACGGUCCCAGAUGGCUACGCAGUUGCCUAAACAAAGCAGUUGGCUUGUUCAAGCUUCCCUAUUGCCAUAACAAGAGUAUUGUCGUUCUCACAAUGCUGCCAUCCUGCUCCACAGCACUGGAUGUAUGUGUAAAUUGUAUUCAUAUAUUGAUUUCGAUUUGAGUCCCUUAUUUUUGUAUUUCAGUUUAGUGGAUUUAACCCUGAUCUCUUUUUUUGGUUGAAAUAAAUGGAGGUUGAAAUAUGAAAAUAA